GCUGACUUUGUGAAAAUCGCCCAUCCUGACUUUGCAUUCAGAGAGGCUGCUGAAGAAGCUUGCAGGAACAUUGGUACCGUGGUUGAGAAAUUAAAUACAGAUGUUGAACUGUGUCAGAGUUUGAGACGUCUGCUAGCUGAUGAAGUUGUUAUGAGUUCUCUAGAUCCAGAAACCAGGCGAGUGGCAGAACUUUUUAUGUUUGAUUUUGAGAUCAGUGGCAUUCAUUUGGAUGAAGAAAAGCGUAAAAAGGCAGUCAACCUCAACGUCAGAAUAUUGGAUUUAUGUAAUGAGUUUCUGACAGGAACUCACCUUCCCAACAAGAUUGACAAACAUGUUUUGCCAGAGCAUAUUCGGUAUAAUUUUACAGCUGAAGGCAAUUACUUACAAGUGGCUGGUCUGCAUGCUGAUUGUCCUGAUGAUCUGGUGCGAGAAGCUGCUUACAAGAUUUUUCUUUACCCAAAUGCUGAACAGUUGAGCCGUUUAGAAGAAUUGCUUGCUAGCCGAAACAGUCUGGCGCAGUUGGUUGGGUACGACACCUUUGCCCACAGGGCUCUUCAGGGAACAAUGGCCAAAACUCCAGAGACAGUAACACAGUUUCUGGAGAAGCUUUCUGACCAGUUGUCUAAAAGAACUCAAAAAGAUUUUGAAAUGAUGACAAAGAUGAAAAUGAAGCUCAACCCCCAGAAUUCAAAGCUGAUGCCGUGGGAUCACCCUUACUACAGUGGCGUCCUUCGUGCUGAGAGGUACAACAUCGAUCCUGGCUUGUACUGUCCAUUUUUCUCUCUUGGGGCGUGCAUGGAAGGUUUGAACUCUUUGUUCAGUCAACUCCUAGGAAUCUCCCUUUAUGCCGAACAGACACAGAGAGGAGAGGUUUGGUCUGAAGAUGUUCGAAAGUUGGCUGUUGUUCAUGAAACUGAAGGUUUGCUAGGAUACAUCUAUUGUGACUUCUUUCAGCGACCUGAUAAACCACAUCAGGAUUGUCAUUUCACAGUUCGUGGAGGCAGGUUAAGGGAAAAUGGAGAGUACCAGCUGCCUGUAGUUGUUCUUAUGCUUAGCCUGCCCCAUUCGACAAGGAGUGCACCAACGCUACUAAGUCCUGGCAUGAUGGAGAAUCUCUUCCAUGAAAUGGGACAUGCUAUGCAUUCUAUGCUGGGAAGAACUCGGUACCAACAUGUCACUGGAACCAGAUGUCCUACUGAUUUUGCUGAAGUUCCCUCAAUUCUGAUGGAGUACUUUGCAAAUGACUAUCGAGUGGUUAACCAGUUUGCAAGGCAUUAUAAAACGGGACAGCCGCUACCAAAAAACAUGGUGUCAAGACUAUGUGAGUCCAAAAAGGUGUGUGCUGCUGCUGAUAUGCAGCUCCAGGUAUUUUAUGCUGCCUUGGACCAAAUCUACCAUGGGAAACAUCCUUUAGAAAAGUCAACCACAGAAAUUCUAAAGGAAACACAGGAGAAAAUUUAUGGAUUGCCAUAUGUACCUAAUACAGCCUGGCAGCUGCGAUUCAGUCAUCUUGUGGGCUAUGGUGCCAAAUACUACUCCUACCUCAUGUCUAGGGCUGUUGCCUCCAUGGUGUGGAAACAGUGUUUUGCUCAGGACCCAUUUGAUAGGGCAAUGGGUGAGCGUUAUCGUAGAGAGAUGCUGGCACAUGGUGGUGGAAAAGAGCCCAUACUUAUGGUUCAAGGUAUGCUUCAGAAAUCACCUUCAGUUGAAGAUUUUGUGGAUGCCCUUGUUUCAGACUUAGACCAAGACUUCGAAACAUUUAUCAUGGACUCGUGA